AUGAAAAGUUCAAAUAACUCCAAUGUAGCAGCUCGUAUGAAUCCAUGUUUAAAGGAACAAAAUCAAUCUUAUGAAUGCCUUAAUAAAAAUGGAUACGAUCACGAUAAAUGUGAAAGCUAUUUCGAUAAUUAUAACACAUGCAAAAAGUUUUGGGGUCAAGUAUAUCGAGAUCGAAAGUCAAAAGGCAUUCACCCAUAUAUGCCCGAGGUAGAAGAUAGGGAAAAAAUCAAAGCUGAAUAUAUUAAAACUGCAUGGAAU